AAACUAAUUUUAAGUCGGACGCGAUACAGAGUCGGACAUUUUUGACGCUUAUUUUACAGCAAUUUACUCACUUGGAUCAUCGUAAAACAUAAACAUACCGCGAGAUAAACAAUCUUACUCACGCGCACCGUUUUCAAUACCCUGAUGACGUAUUUCCGGUCUUUUCCAAAGUCAAGCACAACAAACCACAAAACGCGCGAAAAUUUGAAAUCGUUUUCAGUUUCACAAACUUGUAAUAGGAAUAAAAGAACGUCUAUUGAAUAUUUACUGAUUCUCAAUAUCCAGCAAAAAGAAACGAGAUGAAGAAUGUUAUUAUCCGUGGUUUAUUUACUGUUGGUAUGCACCAUUGGGGGAGAAAAGAAUUAGAAGUCGGGAUUCUGUAUUAUUGCAAAAAGGAAAUUGAUAAUCCAAAAGACCAAAACGCUAUUGCCGUGUACAGUGACGUAAACUUGCAGAACAAAGUGGGCUAUUUAAUUAAAGAGGAUGCAUCUAAACUUGCACCAGUUAUGAACCUCAUCUCUGGAAAAAUAUAUUUAAGAGCAAAAUUUGCUGCAGAGAAGUUUUCACGCUUCAAAGGUCCCAAACAAAACUGUAGUAUUGGAUUUAAAUGUUCUGAAAGUAUGGCAAACUUUAUUGUAGAGAACCUUGGUCGUACAUAUGAAGUAAAAGUCUUUUAAAUCGAUAUGUAAAUACAAUUACACCAGAGUUAUCAUUGUAAAAGACAGUAUUCCUUACAUGAAGUGAUCUUAUUGUGAAAUAAAUGGUUUAAUGAUUUUGAUUGUUUGCUUAUGAUUUAUACAUUUUUUUUUCAGCAGAUAUGAGGGACUGGUCUGCGGAAGCUAUGUCGUCGGCAUUAGCUGCCGUUCGAAAUGGUAUGUCUAUUAGAAAGGCGUCAGAGAAAUAUCAGGUUCCAAAAUCUACGCUGUAUGAUAGGGUUAAUGGGUCUGUCGAGGAAGGAAGUAAAUGGGGCAACGAUAGCCAUUUUAGUAAAGAGGAAGAAAAUGAAAUGAUAAAUGCCGCCGUCAAACGGGCUGAGAAGGGCUUGGGAUUUUCGAAGGGUUCGUUUCUAAGGUUUGUUGGAGUUUAUGCUGAGGAGAAGGAAAACCCUUUUAAGAAGGGCAAACCAUCAGACAUGUGGUGGCGGGCCUUAAAGUCAAGACACCCAACCUUUUCUUUAAGAUUUCCUGAAGCUACCGCAACCAGUCGCCAUAAUGCCAUGACUAGGGAAAGGAUUGCAAAGUAUUUCAAAGACUUGAAGGAAGUCUAUGAUCAUACAGAUUUGCAUCAUUUCCCUAGUCGAAUAUGGAAUAUGGAUGAAACCGGGAUUAAUCUUCCCAUAAGCCAUGUAAAGUUUUGGCAACUAAAGGCGCUAAAACAGUACAUGGUAAAUCGAAUGUUUCACGGGAGACGAUAACAGUUAUUGCCUGUGGAAAUGCUGCUGGUCGGGCAAUCCCACCACACUUCAUCAUCCCAGGUAAAACUUCCAAAAAGUUGCAUGGGUUUGAUAUUGAAAGUGUUGAGUGUCCUGACUCACCUAUUAGAGGUUCAAAGUUUUCUGUAAGUGACUCUGGGUGGACAAAAGUCGGUAUAGGGAAACUUUGGUUUGAAAAGACAUUUUUACCAUGCAUUGGAGAUGAACGUCCACAACUAUUGAUUUUUGAUGGGCAUGGAUCACACAGUAGCAUAGAAUUUAUGAAGCUUGCAAGAGAGGAAAAUAUUAUAUUGGGUGAGCUUCCAAGUCAUACCAGUAAUUGGACACAGCCAUUUGACCGUGCUGUCUUCAAGUCAUUGAAGACAGCAUGGAAUGCCGAAGUUGAUGACUUUGUGAAGCAGACAGGUAUAUCUUUAGGUCAUGCUCAAUUCCUGCGAAUAUUUGGUAAGGCCUGGAAAUCCUCCAUCCGUUCAGACAAUAUAGUAAGCGGAUUUAAAGCUACUGGCAUUCUUCCGUUCAACCCUGAAGCUAUUCCAGAAGCAGCAUUUGCCCCAAGUGACCUCCAAAAUCAACAUCAUAAUACAAUAACACAUCCGGAACCGGACUCAGAGGCAGCUGUAGCUGUUUCAUCAGCAUCAUUAACAUCGGUCUCUCUUUUAACUGAAUCAGAGGGCACACCACUACAAGAAAAUAGCUCGGAUCCGUUCCUCCCCACAGUGUACGAUAUUAAUAUUGAAAAUGAACUCACGAACGAAAAUGCCGUCCAAGUAAUUGAUCUCCCAUUAACUCUUAAUCUUGAAAACCAGGAUGAUAAUAUGGAAGACAUGGAAGAUCAAAAUUUAACAGUGGUUUCUGACAAAAAAGCACUUAAAGUAAUUGAAUCAGCAUUAUCCCCAGAUACAUUAGCAAAAUAUUGCGCAGCCUAUUUGAGCGGCAUUGCCUUAAACGACAAAUUAUAUGAAACUUGGAAAAUGUAUAAGUCAAAAAUAAAUGAUAUUGCACCUAAGGAGGCAACAGCAGUAAACAAGGUCAUGGAAGAUAUGUUUCCAUUACCAAAACCAGCAAAUGCAAAGAAAGCUCCCGCAAAACGCAAACAUACUGGACAAAAUUAUUUUGUUAUAACCGCCGACGAAGUGUAUAUGGAAAAACUUAACUGUGAAGAAGAAAAAAAGAGAAAAAGUAUUGAAAAAGAAAAUAGAAAACAAGAACGUGAAAGAAAAAGAUUGCUUAAAGCUAUAGACACACAAAACAAAGCUAAGAAGAAACAAAUCAAUAAAAAGAAAUGAAAAGUAAUUGUUGUACGACAAACGAAAGUAUCAACAUUAUAGUUCGUCACAAAGUAAUUUAAAGUUUUGUUACUUAAUUAAGAGUUUGUUAGAUAGAGAAAAUUAUUUGUUUUACUUAAAAUGGACUAACUUUUUACUUGGGCGUACUUACAUACUGUUACUGUUACAAUUUUAGUAAAAUGAUAUAGAAAAAUAUGGUUUAUAACAAAUAAAAGAAUUAAACAUUUAUAUCCAUAUAAAUGUGUUUACUGUUUUCUUUUUUCUUAAUUUUUAAUUGCUAACAAUUAUACGAUACAAGUAACAAUUACAUUUUAUAAAGUACAUGUUUACAGUUAGACCUUUCAAAACUAUAGAUGAAAGUUUUAUAUAUACUUGCCCCAAUUGCAUGUUUCCCUUACCAAAUCAGUUCAUCGAAAGGUUUUGAAUGAAUUAAGAAAUGGUCCAUACCAGGUCCGUCGUCAUGAUUUUGCGAUUCGUGCUGCAAAUUUGGUGGUUCGAGAGGGUUACGGGGGCAUGCUCCCCCGGAAAUCUUUUUAUUCUAGGAUGCUCUCAGGAGCGUUUUCCAGUGUAUUUGGCAUAGUUUACAGUCUGCCGUAGAACAUAUUAUUUUGGCAUAUGUCACUGAUUUUUACAAAGAUGUGCGCGUCGAAAGUUUAAAAGAGUAUAAGGUUGACUACCGAUCGCAUAACGGACGGACAGUUGUAUACAUAAAAUAUGAAUAAUUAAUAUUUGACAAAAGAAAAAUAAACAUUACCGGUAAUUGAUGUUCUUAUAAUUCUUCAUUUUUAUCUGAUAAUUAUAAAUAAACAAAUACAAGAAAUAUUACAUACAGGAACAGAAGUUCGUAGAUUGUGUUCACAAUAUCGUUAAAUAGCUUAAUUAAUUAUCAGUUGAUUAUGUGAAUUUUCCCAAAACAUAUCGCCGUCGUUCGUUUUGGAAACGAAAAUAAUUUUCAUUGAUUUGGUUUCGAUGGAACUGUGUCGCACGUUAUGAUAUAUCUUAAUAUUUUAAACUGUUUGUAUUAAAUACUUGUACGUGAACAGCAGUAAAAUUUAAGGAAUUGUGAUGUUAUAUUUUGUAUAUAAACAUAUAUAAACGGUAAACUGUCCGACCCCGUGCCAUUUUUAAGAUAACUUCACACUUCACUUCGUGGUACCCCUGCAUGUACCUGGUCAAUUAACGUUAUCCAGAUGUUUAGCGUCAUGUUUGUAUACUUGCAAAUUAUUAUUUUAAGUAUAAUGUUAUAUAAAAUUCCAGUCUUCAUAGGAAAUUGCUUGUAUAUAACAAUUCAUGCACUUCUCCUGAACUAAUUAGUCGUAUUCUAAUGAAAACAGGACUGAAAUCUUAACGGUCUUGUUAAAAAAAAAGGUGUCCAACUCUCCAUCAAAACUGUCCGAGUCACCAUCAAAAGCUGGUACCUGGAUUAAUACGCGAAUAUUUUCUUUUCUUUUACUUGUUCCCAGCAUUUAUGACUAUUUUUCUGCGUAUUAAUGAAUAACCUCGGGUGUAAGUUCUCUGGAAACCCCAUUAUGUUUCUAAAAAUAGAUCUUACACGCAGAAGAAACCGGAAGGUGUCCGACUCACGAUCACUUU